AUGAUCAACUCCUCCACCACGUCCACCUCCUCCACCACCGGGGGCUCGCUGUUGCUACUCUGCGAAGAAGAGGAGUCGUGGGCGGGCCGGCGCAUCCCCGUGUCCCUCCUGUACUCCGGCCUGGCCAUCGGAGGCACGCUGGCCAACGGCAUGGUCAUCUAUCUCGUGUCGUCCUUCCGAAAGCUGCAGACCACCAGCAACGCCUUUAUCGUGAACGGCUGUGCGGCGGACCUCAGCGUCUGCGCCCUCUGGAUGCCCCAGGAGGCGGUGCUCGGGCUCCUGCCCGCCGGCUCUUCGGAGCCCCCGGGGGACUGGGACGGCGGCGGGGGCAGUUACCGUCUGCUGCGGGGCGCACUGCUGGGCCUGGGGCUCACCGUGUCCCUCCUGUCCCACUGCCUCGUGGCUCUGAACCGCUACCUGCUCAUCACCCGGGCGCCUGCGACCUACCAGGCGCUGUACCAGCGGCGGCACACGGCGGGCAUGCUCGGGCUGUCAUGGGCGCUCGCCCUGGGCCUCGUGCUGCUGCUCCCGCCCUGGGCGCCGCGCCCGGACGCCGCGCCCCCGCGCGUCCACUACCCCGCGCUGCUGGCGGCCGCGGCGCUCCUGGCGCAGACGGCGCUGCUGCUGCACUGCUACCUGGGCAUCGUGCGCCGCGUGCGCGUCAGUGUCAAGCGGGUCAGCGUCCUCAACUUCCACCUGCUGCACCAGCUGCCCGGCUGCGCGGCCGCCGCCGCCGCCUUCCCGGGCGCCCCGCACGCGCCGGGUCCCGGGGGCGCCGCACACCCGGCCCAGGCCCAGCCGCUGCCGCCCGCGCUGCAUCCCCGGCGCGCACAGCGGCGUCUCAGCGGGCUCUCGGUGCUGCUGCUCUGCUGCGUCUUCCUGCUGGCCACGCAGCCGCUGGUGUGGGUCAGCGUGGUCAGCGGCUUCUCGCUGCCCGUACCCUGGGGCGUGCAGGCGGCCAGCUGGCUCCUGUGCUGCGCCCUGUCUGCCCUCAACCCGCUGCUCUACACGUGGAGGAAUGAGGAGUUCCGCCGCUCCGUGCGCUCCGUCCUGCCGGGCAUCGGCGACGCGGCAGCUGCAGCCGCUGCCGCCACGGCGGUGCCCGCGGUGUCCCAGGCGCAGCUGGGCACUCGCGCUGCGGGCCAGCACUGGUGA